AUGAGUUCCUUCACUCUCUCACUCCCUCUCACCGUUCAACCCCAUCACCGGAGCUCCUCCGCCUCCUCGCCGGCGAGCCCCUCCCAGCUUAAACAACUCCACGCUCACCUCCUCAAAGCCGGAAUUCCUCUCUCCUCCGCUGUCUCCCUCUCUGACGUUGCCUCCCUCUGCGGUGUCUCGGACGCCGCCUCCUUCUCCUAUGCUCGCUCCCUCUUCCGCCAUUGCUACUCCUCCACAACCCCUGAACUCAUUCUUUGGAACUCCUGCCUCAAUGCCUUGUCUUCCUUCUCACCCUCCGACGCGCUCCUCCUCUUUUCUCGCCUCCGCUUCGCUGACAUCCUCCCCGACACGUUCACUUGUUCCUUCACUCUCAAGGCCUGCUCGCGCACCUCCUCCCUCUCCCUCGGCAUGGCUGUGCACGCUCUCAUUGAGAAGCUCGGUUUCCAAGUUGACGUUUUUCUUCUCAACACUCUGCUUCAUAUGUAUUGCCGCUGCGAAUCAAUGAUAGAUGCACGACGAAUGUUUGAGACAAUGCCGCUGAGAGAUGUCGUUACUUGGAACAUUCUCAUCACGCAGUAUACGAAGCUUGGUGUGAUGGAGAUUGCCCGCGAGCUGUUUGAGGUAAUGCCUGAGAGGAGUGUUCGGUCUUGGACGGCGUUGAUUGCUGGGUACGUGCAAUGUGGACAACCUAAGGAAGCAAUUCAGUUGUUUCAAGAGAUGGAGAAUGCCGGGUGUCAACCCAAUGAAGUUACUGUUGUUGCAGUGCUUGCUGCUUGUGCUGAUCUUGGUGCAUUGGAUCUUGGAGAAAGACUCUGCAAGUAUGCAGAAAGUUGUGGGUUUUUGAAGAAUGUUCGAGUUUGCAACACUUUGAUUGACAUGUACAUCAAAUGUGGAUGUGUUGACAUUGCAAGGAAUGUGUUUGAUGGAAUGACUGAGAGGACUGUGGUUUCAUGGUCGGCAAUGAUUGGUGGCCAUGCAAUGCAUGGGCAGGGUGAGGAGGCUUUGGAACUAUUUGCUAAGAUGGAUGAGACUGGUAUCAGGCCUAACAGUGUCACCUUUGUUGGUCUCCUGCAUGCUUGUAGCCAUAUGGGACUGUUAGAUGAAGGGCGUCGGUUUUUCACUAGCAUGAUUGAGGACUAUGGCUUAGUUCCUGAGAUCGAACAUUAUGGAUGUAUGGUGGACCUCCUUAGCCGUGCUGGGUUGCUUGAAGAAGCUCAUGAGUUCAUCAGAAAAAUGCCGGUAGAGCCUAAUGGUGUAGUGUGGGGAGCUUUGCUUGGAGGUGCAAGAGUGCACAAGGACAUCAAAAUGGGGGAGGAAGCAAUCAAACACCUUGUCAAGUUAGACCCUUCAAAUGACGGUUACUAUGUUGUGCUAUCAAACAUCUAUGCAGAUGCUGGUCAUUUUGAUGCAGCAGCACAGGUGCGACGGUUGAUGAGGGACCAAGGUGUGAAGAAAACUCCAGGAUGGAGUACUAUAACUAUUAACAAUGUAACUCAUGAGUUCGUUGCCGGUGAGAGCAAGCACCCUCAGACUGAAGAGAUUUAUAAGAAAUGGGAUGAAUUGUUGCAUGAAAUGAAGCUCAGAGGUUAUGUACCUGAUAGUUCAGUGGUCCUGCUGGACAUGGAUGAAGCAGAGAAGGAGCAUGUUCUUUACCGGCACAGUGAGAAGUUGGCAGUUGUGUUUGGGCUGAUGAAUACACCGCCUGGAACAACAAUUAAGAUUAUGAAGAACCUUAGAGUUUGCAGUGAUUGUCAUGUUGCUCUCAAGUUGAUAUCAGAGAUUACUGACAGGCAAAUUGUUGUUCGUGAUCGAAACCGGUUUCAUUCCUUCAAGAAUGGCACUUGUUCUUGCAGAGAUUAUUGGUAG